AUGGCUCCACCAAGCGUGGCCCCGAGCUCCAAGCUCGCAGAGAAACCCGUCGCCAACUCGUCCAAGACGAUUGCGAAGAGGCAGAAGAAGACGAGCUACAAGUCCGAUGGCGUCAAGGACAACGAUGUCUUUCUGCUUCCCGGCACAGACUACCAGAUUGUCGUCGCUCUGACCAUUCUCGCCGCCAUUGUGCGCCUGUUCCGCAUCUACCAGCCUUCCAGCGUCGUCUUCGAUGAGGUUCACUUCGGUGGCUUCGCGUCGAAAUAUAUCAAGGGAAAAUUCUUUAUGGAUGUCCAUCCACCUCUCGCCAAGAUGCUUAUCGCAUUGACCGGCUGGCUCGCUGGUUUCGAUGGCAACUUCGACUUCAAGGAGAUUGGCAAGGACUACGUUGAGCCUGGUGUACCCUACGUGGCCAUGCGCAUGUUCCCUGCCAUCUGCGGUAUCCUUCUCGCGCCCGCCAUGUUCCUCACUCUCAAGGCCACUGGGUGCCGCACCACAACGGCCACCAUGGGCUCUGCCCUGAUUAUUUUUGAGAACGGCCUUCUUACCCAGGCUCGCCUCAUUCUUCUCGAUUCGCCCUUGAUGGUCGCCACUGCCUUCACCGCUCUCGCCUUCACCUCCUUCACCAACCAGCACGAACUUGGCCCCGAGAAGGCAUUCCAGCUCAGCUGGUGGUUCUGGCUGGUUAUGACUGGUCUGGGACUCGGUACCACCCUCAGCAUCAAGUGGGUUGGCCUCUUCACCAUUGCCUGGGUCGGCAGCUUGACGCUGGUUCAGCUGUGGGUUCUGCUCGGCGACACCAAGACGGUCACUCUGCGCAUCUGGUUUAAGCACUUCUUCGCCCGUGUCUUCUGCCUCAUCGUCAUUCCUCUGACGUUCUACCUGGCCAUGUUUGCCAUUCACUUUGUGUGCCUCGUCAACCCUGGCGACGGCGACGGCUUCAUGAGCUCCGAGUUCCAAUCGACCCUCAACAACAAGGGCAUGAAGGAUGUCGCGGCCGAUGUCAUCAUGGGUAGCCGGGUCAGCAUCAGGCACGUCAACACACAGGGCGGUUACUUGCACUCGCACCCCUUGAUGUACCCCACCGGCAGCAAGCAGCAGCAGAUCACCCUGUACCCCCACAAGGACGACAACAACGUUUGGAUGCUGCAGAACCAAUCGCAGCCUCUUGACAUCAAUGGCCAGGCGAUCAACGGCACCAGUGCCUGGGAUGAUCUGGACCCCGUCUACAUCAAGAACGGCGCCGUCCUUCGCCUGUACCACACUCAGACCAACCGACGUCUCCAUUCCCACGAUGUCCGCCCUCCUGUCACCGAGGCUGACUGGCAGAACGAAGUCUCUGCGUACGGGUACGAGGGUUUUGACGGUGAUGCCAACGAUUACUUCCGUGUCGAAAUCGUCAAGAAGCAGUCUAUCAGUGCCGUGGCCAAGGAGCGGCUCCGCACCAUUGAGACCAAGUUCAGGCUCGUUCACGUCAUGACCGGUUGCGUUCUCUUCUCGCACAAGGUCAAGCUCCCCGACUGGGCUUCCGAGCAGCAAGAGGUCACCUGCGCCAAGGGUGGUACCCUCCCCAACAGCCUGUGGUACAUUGAGGCCAACCAGCAUCCCAAGCUCGGAGAAGAUGUCGAGAAGGUCAACUACCGUCACCCCGGCUUCUUCGGCAAGUUCUGGGAGCUACAGCGUGUCAUGUGGAAGACCAACGCUGGCCUCGUCGAUUCUCACGCCUGGGACUCCCGUCCCGAGGCCUGGCCCGUCCUGAAGCGAGGCAUCAACUUCUGGGGCAGGCAGAACCGCCAGAUUUAUCUCCUCGGCAACCCCAUCGUCUGGUGGAGCUCUACUCUGGCCAUCGCCGUCUAUGUUCUCUUCAAGGCGUUUGCCGUUCUCCGUUGGCAGCGCAACUGCGGUGAUUACUCCAACACCAUUUUCAAGCGUUUUGACUACGAGAUCGGAACCUCUGUUCUCGGCUGGGCUUUCCACUAUUUCCCUUUCUACCUCAUGGCUCGUCAGCUUUUCCUGCACCACUACUUCCCCGCUCUUUACUUUGCCGUCAUUGCGUUCUGCCAGAUCUUCGACUUUUUCACUGCCCGCCUUCCCAUCUUCCAGAAGAACACUAUUGUCAACAAGGCCGGCGCUGUCAUUUUCCUCGCUCUGACCGUCGCCGUCUUUGUCCUUUUCUCUCCCCUUGCCUAUGGCAACCAGUGGACCAAGGCCGAGUGCAACCGUGUCAAGCUUUUCGGCACUUGGGACUUUGACUGCAACACCUUCCCCACGGACUAUGCUCAGUACUCUCAGACCGCAACUAUCUCUUCCGCUGGUGCCGAGCAGACGCCUUCAAAGUCUUCAAAGAAAAAGUCCAAGAAGCCCAAGGCGUCCAAGGGCGCUGUCGUGGAGAACGAAGGGGCUGAGGCCCAGAAGCCGCUCGAGAACGUCAACGAGGAGGCUGUUUCGGGCGCCGCCGAGAUCCCCGCGGAUCGCAUCGUGGCCCGCGAGGAGCGCAUCGAGUACCGCGACCAGGACGGCAACCUGCUCGACGACGAGCAGGUGAAGGCUCUCGAAGGCAAGGUUGAGUUCAAGACCAAGUACGAGACGCGCACUCGCGUCGUCGACGAAAACGGCAACGAGGUGCAAGUCCCGGGCGAGGAGGCCGGCGUCGUCGCCCCCCCUCACCCUGACGUUGAGGGCGUCGACCCCGAGACGAAGCAGAAGGUCGCGGACGCCGACUCCAAGGUGCCCGAGGCUGCCGAGAGCAUCAAGGGCGAGCGUGAGGCCGAGCAGAAGAAGCCCAAGCCCGCCAGUGAGGGUGGCAAGGAGGCCACCGUCAAGGAGGAGCUGUGA